AAAUUUCCUCAGUCGACUCGUCAUCAAAAACCUUUCAAAUUAAAAAAAAUAACAGUAAUUGUUUUUUUAGUUUCAUGAACAGAAAAAUAAUAGUAUCAACAUUUGGUUAAUUGCUCUUAUACUUAUUAUACUUAAUUACGUGUCACAAAUUAAGUGAAUAAAAUGUAAUGCUACUUCAUUAGUUAUGUAUUAGUACGCAGUACUGAACAAAAAACUAGAGAAAAUUAUUAAUCAUGGAUUCAUCAUUUUCGCGAUACCAAAAUCUAGCCGAAAAUGAUCGGAAAAUCAACAAUAUGUUGGCUAACAAACAGGCGCAAGAUUUUGAAAUGAGUAGUGUAUCUGUAGUACCUGAUGAAACAUAUACAGUUGCUCAAGCUGUAGAUGCUUUUGGAUUUGGCAAAUUCCAAGUAAAAUUGUCACUCUUUACUGGACUAUGCUGGAUGGCUGAUAGCAUGGAAAUGACCAUACUUAGUAUACUUGCACCCACGCUACAUUAUGAAUGGCAGAUUACUCGAUAUCAACAAGCAUUGGCCACAACUGUUGUAUUUCUUGGUAUGAUGUUAAGUUCUCCGUUUUGGGGAUCAUUUAGUGACAAGUUUGGCCGAAAACCAGCAUUAACACUAUGUUCAGUUCUAUUGUUUUAUUUUGGAAUUCUUAGUUCUAUGUCGCCAAAUUAUACAUGGUUGUUAAUAUUACGAGGAUUAGUUGGUUUUGCCAUUGGAUGUUCACCUCAGUCUGUUACAUUGUAUGCAGAAUUUCUGCCUUGUAAGCAACGAGCAAAAUGUGUAGUACUGCUUGAUUGCUUUUGGACACUUGGAGCAUGCUUUGAAGUAGUUUUGGCUCUUAUAGUGAUGCCCACAUUAGGAUGGAAAUGGCUUUUGAUAUUAUCUACAGCACCGUUAUUAGGUUUUGCUUGUGUCUGCCCGUGGUUACCUGAAUCAGCUAGGUACUUGGUAGCCAGUGGACAAACAGAUAAAGCAAUAGACGUAUUGAAAAAAGUGGCCUAUGAUAACGAUAAACCUAUGUUGUUGGGCAAGUUGGUCGUCGACGAUGUUGUACUAGAAGAGAAACGAGGUCGUUUUUCUGAUCUAUUGUUGCCACAACUCAGAUUGACUUCAAUUUUACUUUGGUUCAUAUGGUUGGUGUGUGCAUUUUGUUAUUAUGGAAUUGUUUUAAUGUCAACUGAACUUUUUGAAAGUGGCAACAACAAUAAAAUUUGUUUACCGAGUAUGGAAAACGAAAUUUUUAAAACAGUACAAACAUGUACUGCUGAAUCACGUUAUUUAACCACAAGGGAUUACAUUGAUUUAUUGUGGACUACACUAGCUGAAUUUCCUGGAAUAUUUGCAACUAUUUUCAUUAUCGACAGAUUUGGCAGAAAAAUUACAAUGGUAGUACAAUUUUUAAUUUUUGCCAUCAGCUUAAGCUUUCUAUUUCACUGUGCAAAAAAUCGAGCUCUUCUUACUAUUGCACUAUUUUUUGCCAGAGGAAUAAUUGCUGGAGUUUUCCAGGCUGUGUAUGUUUAUACACCUGAGGUAUAUCCAACGCCUUUAAGAUCUAUUGGAGUAGGCACUUGUAGUGCGAUGGCUCGUUUAGGCGCUAUGGUCACACCUUAUAUUGCACAAGUUUUACUUAAGUCGUCUAUUGCUACUUCAAUGGCAAUAUAUAUUUCGGCAGCAUUGUUGGCUGCAUUUGCAAGUUUACUACUACCAAUUGAAACCAAAGGAAGAGAAAUGAAAGAGCAUGUGAGCAAAAACUAACAUUCAUCAUCAGUAUUAAUCGGCGCUCAAUAUGUUCGUCACUAUUAUUUUAACAAUAUCUAUGAACUCUUAAGACUGUUUUUAAUUUAUCGUGCUAAAAAUACUAUAAAGUAGAAGUGGUACGUUUAGCAAUAUUAUUAACAAGGGAAAUAACUAAAAUUGUAUUUUCCAUUUUGUUUUGCAAUAUAUUUCUAUUGAACUUUUGCAGCCAAAGUAUUUUUUUUUUAGUUUAUUUUUUACUUUUAGUAUUUUAUUUUAAGUAACUUAUUUUGUACAA